AUGUUAUCCAGAAUGCAAUCACAAGCUGUGGAACUCAAUGGAAAGAUAGAAAUUGUGAAUCGUGAAAGGAAGUACCACCAGCAAAAUGCUGCAUAUGAGCUUAAUGCAUUAUCUGGACAAUGGAGUGAGCUUUGUGCAAAAAACAUAGAGAUUGAAGCUGCAUGUGCUACAAUUGCAAAUUAUAUUGAGGAACUGAAUAAAGAAGCUACAGAAAGAGGCUGGAAUCUGGAUGUUAAUAUGGAGAAUGGCUCCUUGCUGCAUUCAGAACAUUAAGGUAUGGCUCUUCAGUGGAUUGGUAGAUUGUGUGCGUGCGUGAGAGGGGAGAGGAAAAAAGAUAUGGGGCAUCUGUACAUCCCAAAUGCCUGAUUCAAACCUGGUCUCAUUUUUCAUAAAAUCAUAAAGGCAUAACAUGUUGAAUUCCACCAUGUUUAUUGAAAGAAUCAAAGGAUAAUUUUUUUAGUUAAACUAAUCUCAAUGUAAUCUACAAGUGAUUUUCUAGUAGCAUAUUCUCUGAAGUUGGGAGCAAAAUAAAUUUCAAAUUUACGCAAAAAAAAAAAUGUAUUUACCUCAAAAAUUGUGUCAGGUUAAAGGUAGGGAGGGUUAAUUGUGUCAGGUUAAAGGUAGAGAGGGGUGUUAAUUGUGUUAGAUUAAACGGGUGACGAGUGAAAAAUGUAUAAAUUCAUAUAUGACAUGUUUAACAAACAGGUAAAAAAUUUCAACACAAAUACUACUUGUUUAAUAAACGGGUAACACGAUACGAUUUGUUUAACC